UCACUGCUCCCUCUCUCUCUCUCUCUCUCUUCCCCCGCCGCGCUGUCGGGUUUUACGCCGGCCCGCCGCCGAAACCCUAGCUUGGGGAAAUGGUGGGACUAUCGAUUGGAGAGAAGAAAUUUAUACAGGGCGGGAUUUCUCAGGAUCUACGAGCAGAUGGCCGGCAAAGGCGGGACUUUCGACCGAUUUCGGUCGAAAUUGGAGUGAUCCCUCAGGCAAAUGGCUCGGCUCGAGUCAAAUUGGGAGCAACUGAUGUUAUCGCUAGUGUCAAGGCUGAACUUGGUAGGCCGAGCUCUCUUCAACCCGACAAAGGGAAAGCAGCUAUUUUUGUCGAUUGCAGUCCUACAGCGGCUCCUAUUUUUGAGGGCAGAGGCGGUGAAGAGUUGUCUACGGAGCUUUCACUUGCACUUCAGAGAUGCUUGUUAGGUGGUAAGAGUGGAGCAGGGGCUGGAAUUGAUCUUUCAUCUCUGGUAAUUGUCGAGGGUAAGGUUUGUUGGGACCUCUACAUUGAUGGGCUUGUUGUCAGUUCAGAUGGUAAUCUGCUGGAUGCACUUGCCGCUGCUAUCAAGGCAGCAUUGAGCAAUACAGGCCUUCCAAAAGUUAGUGUUGAUCUUGCAGCUGCAAAAGAUGACCAGCCAGAGGUCGAUCUAAGCGAUGAAGAAUUUCUUCAGUUUGAUACGUCUGGGAUUCCUGUUGUCAUAACAUUAACUAAGAUUGGUAGGCAUUACAUAGUGGAUGCAACUUCAGAAGAGGAGUCUCAGAUGAGUUCAGCUGUCUCGGUCUCUGUGAACAGGCGUGGACAAAUCUGUGGCAUGACCAAACGAGGCGGUGCAGGUUUAGACCCCAGUGUCAUCCUCGAUAUGAUAUCCGUGGCAAAAUCCAUAAGCCAACAGUUCAUGUCGGUACUUGAUUCUGAGAUUGCUGCUGCUGAGGCUGCUGAAGCUGAUGACGCAUAAGAUGUUCCGAAGCUUCAGUUCUCGCCCAUAAACAUUGAUGUAUUAGGUUAUUGCUUCCUUUUCCUCCUUGUCUGGGUAACCUACUGUUGUACAGUCUUGAGGUUUAGGGUUCAUGCUCAUGAUGCAAUUUGCUUAGUUUAGCUUGGUAAUUUUUAUUGUUUGAGGGGGGAAAUUUUGAGUAUGCUUCUAUCAUUUUGAUGUAAUGUAUGUCGAGUUCUGCUCAGCGUGCUUGCCUGUUUAUAAUGGGGUUUUGGCACAUAUACCCCUCGUAUCUUAGAUAUUUGUAAAAUUGCCCUCUAAAUCUUGUUAUUUGUAAAA